CUUGGCGGCAGUGCCUUGGUUUACACAUAAAGUAAGGUUUCACUCAUCCAGCGCUCCAAUUUAAGCAUUUGCAGCCAGAAACUAUGAAGGAGAUUAGCAUCUUCAUCGUUUUUCUUGUCCUUUUUGUCUGCGCUGAUGUAAGUACGAUAUAUUUUAAAAACAGUAUCUAUAUAUUAUAGUUUGUACUUCACCUUGGUCGUCAUAUUAUUUCAUAUGGUCAAGAAUUUGCCCUGCUUUAAUGUGAAUUUAUAUCACAAAUUAUGGAUUACCGCGUCCGAUUUUGGAUUAUCCGUGGAGUUCGAUGUUGUUACAAAUAGGCGAUCAUAAAUUGAACUCUAAAUUUUGUUUUUCUUUUAUGUUUUCUGAUAUACCCUUCGAGAUUUUACCCGUCUUAAAUUUAAAAUCUAAAACAUUAAACAAAAUUAAUGCUUCGUAUGUUGUCUUUGUUUCAGAAUUCUUUUGUAAAAUUUCUCUGUUGCUUGAAGCUUUAAGUUGAAUUGUAGCAAGAAAAUAAGGCUAGGGCACUUACAAAAAAUUAAAAAAAUUUAGUACAAAGAUAUCUCACAGUUUAAACCAUGUUUGACACCUACUUUUUUACAGUCCAUCAAGUAGCUCCUUCAAGGUUCUAUUUUAGGUGAGGACCGUUACCUAAGCCUUCAGUCUUUUUUUCGUUAAACUUGUGCUUAACUGAUUAUAUUUUAAUACUUAUCCUUUAUAAUAACGUCCAUUUCUCCGAAAUCGCCAGCAGGAUAAAAACCAAGCGAGGUUUAGAUAAAUACUGAGCCCAGCUGUUAUAAAAGAAGAGUAAUAUAUUUCUGUUUAUCUUGACGAUUUCAACCUCUAACAAAAAAACACUAAAGGGAAAAUCUGACACGAAACAAGCUUGUCAAGUUCCUAUUCGCAUUACCGAGGAAGCCAUUAAUAUUGACUGUGAGCGCUUUGGAUGAGUGGCUCUUGAUCUUCCUGCAAUGGACUCAUAAGAUCAGCUGCUGAUAAUGAAAUAAUAGUAACUCUAACGACUCCUUGGUUUCAAGUUAAGAAUUACGCCGCCGAAGGAUUACGUGUUAUGGUCUGGGUAGAUAAGUUUACUAAAUAAUAACGGGGCAGCAGCUAAGAAGGCUGAGAAUGAUAUUGGCUUUAAGACGGCUUGGACAGUAAGCAAGACUGGACGCGCCUUUGAUUUUAAAUCAAGUGCACUUCCCCUAUUAAGUUCCGCUCCGCUAGAAUAAUGCAUUGCGCGCAAUAUCGACGAAAGCACGGAAUUGGAUUUUCAAAGUGUUACGAAACUAGAUGAAACUGUAAGUAUGUAUGAAACGUAAAGAAUUCGCUUCAGUGACCAGUAUUAAAUGCGAAUAUCGUUUCGGUCCGUUUUACAGUGAUCUCUAACCAUAGAUUCCUCCACUCUUUUUUGACUACCGAGCGAAACAGAGUAUACUGAGAACGUGGCUCCAUAUUAAAAACUUCACGGAUUCUUUUGAGUGAAAGUGAUCCCCUCCAUAGUGACGCGCACGCGCGGUAAAGGUCUCGACACCCGCGGUGCAUUACCUGGUGUUUUCUCUUUUGUAGGCACAGCAUCAUGACUGUAACUUUGACGAGUUCUACAACAGCACAACAGAUAGCUGCGUUAAAUGCCCAGCUUGUCCCGCUGGAAAAGGAUUUACCAAAGGCUGUAGGUGUGAGUCCUGUAUAAGUGGCCAUUACAACGACGGCAAGGAAGGUCGUCGCUAUUGUGAAACUUGUCAGUGGUGCGAAGCCAUGAACAAGAUUGAAAUCAAGGCCUGUACUGUGAAAAGCGACGCUGUCUGCAAAUGUCCAAGAGGGUAAGAACUUUUACAUAGUUCAUUGAUCAAGCCAACGGCUUCUAUAAAGAUUGAGUGUGUUGGGGGAGGUUUUGGGGAGGAACAGAGGAUCCAAACCUCUCGCCACCCUUAACUUGCAUUCCCGGCUCCCACCCCUUUUUCUUAGUUUUCCUCCCUUUGGCCCUUUUUUGGGGGCGAAGUAUUUUAAAAGCAAUUAGUUGUUGCGUAUUUUCCCCCUAUUCCUCCAACUUCCCACUCUAUUAGAAUUUUCUCCUCCCUCCCUUUGCUCUCCCUCCUGCCGUAACCCUUCCGCCACCUAAUCUCCUUGGCUACGACUCCCUGUCCUCCCCGGCUAUAAAGGUGCACGCAGUUUACACCGGCUAAAGAAACCGGUCGUUAUGGCAGCUGAAGAACAGAAGGACCAACUACAUGUAUAAGCGGCUGUUCUGUGUGUGUGUGUCUCUCAUAGGGCUUUAGGUUUAAAACGAAUUGGCUGUAUAACUGUCUUCCGAUCUUUUGCACUUUGAGAAAAUUAACCCAUAAUUUCAUUUGCGAUCAAGCCAUGUACUGUCGCACUUUGUAAUAAUAGUCGCACUUUGUAAUACCUGUCGCACUUUGGAAUAAAAUUGUCACACUUUGUAAUACCUGUCGCACUUUGUAACAACACUUGUCGCACUUUGUAAUAAAAAAGCUGUCGCACU